AUGUCGGCGUCCCAGUCGCAACUCCUGUCGUCGUCCACAUCCUCACUAUCCCCCUCAAAACUAUGCUCAAAAACAUAUAAGAAAGCGUCCAACCUCUUUCUGACACGGCGGCUACAAGAAACUCUAUCAGCACUGGAACCGGCAAUUACGGCUGCCAGGAGACCCGACGAACAGGUCGUCAAUGGUGACGAUUCAGUCGCACCGGUCGCUGCAGCCCAGCCAACCUGGCGGAUCAAAGUGUGGAAUCUUUACAUCACUCUCCUGAGCGCCAUCAUUGAGUUAGGCCCUGAAGAAGGAAAGAACUUGUUUGGACAGAAAGAAUGGAAAGCCAUCUCGACUACAGUACGCGAUGGGGAGAUCUGGGAGACCAUUGUGCAGACAGGGUAUAGAGGCUUGGAAGGAUCAGUCGACGCAGAAGUCGUAUAUAACCUAGCAACACUGUUGUUGAAACAUUCGCCUUCACAGAAAUUCAGCCAGCAACGGCUCGAAACCUAUCUGUCAUCAUAUGGACAACCGAAUCUGGAUAUAACGGAACAUCUACGCAAUGGCUCGUCUACACCACAGCGGACCAACGGUGGUACCGAUACUCCAAAAGACCUGGCAGCGAGGGUCCGAAUAAUCGAGCUGUUUACCCUACAUGUUCUCCCCGCCAACGACGAGUGGGAGUAUGCGCAGGAGUUCAUUAAUUUGAGCGAGGUCCUCGACGACGAGCGAAAAGAUGGAUUUCUACAGACACUGGAAGGAUUAAAGGAAGAGAAACAACAGGGUGAAUUGCGCGCUGCUGCCCUGCAGCGGGAGAAGGAUGCCGAGCUAGAAAGACAGGCACGAGAGGCAGAAGGUCGCAGAGCAGAGGAGGCAGAAGCUGCUGAACGCUCGCAAAAAGGACACGGCCGCAGCGGCAGUGAGGUAGACUACGGGAUCGAGAAGACCUAUCCAAAUGGCAGCAUCAAAGGCAAGGGGAAGAAUGCAGAAAAGCAGCCAAGCAGCAAACCAGGCACAUCUGCGGGACGAACGGCCUUCUCGCCUCCCGGCUCCAAGAACAUCAAGAAAGCAGAGAAGCCCGAGUCUCGGGCCAAGCAAUCACGAGCACUGGUCAACGCAGUGCGCAACAUCCUGCAAUACAUCCGCAAGAGCAUCGCAGGCAAUCCACUAUCAUUUGCGCGUACGCUACUGUUCAUGCUGGGCAUUAUAGCUGCAUUAAGCCGGCAAGACGUGCGAGAGCGUAUCCGGAGGAUAACAGGCUCCGGAUGGCAGAAAGUCAAGGGAACUGUUGGGAUGGGGGUGAAAGUGAGCUACAUUUGA